AUGCCGCAGCACUCGAGAGCGCAGCCAAGCGGCGGCGCCCCGCCUCUGACUCCGCCCCAGGUCGCUGCGUCCAUGGACCCCUCCUCGCAGUCGGCGCCUCCCACCGGGGACGACCCGGCUGCGGCGGCGGAUCCCGAGCUCCCGAGGCUCACAGUGACGCAGGUGGAGCAGAUGAAGGUGGAGGCCAGGGUUGGCGACAUCUACCGCGCCCUCUUCGGGGCCGCGCCCAACACGAAAUCCAUCAUGCUAGAGCUGUGGCGUGAUGAACAUAUUGAGUAUCUGACGCGUGGGCUGAGGCAUCUCGGGCCAGCCUUUCAUGUUCUAGAUGCCAAUCGCCCUUGGCUGUGCUACUGGAUGGUUCAUCCACUUGCUUUGCUGGAUGAAGCACUUGAUGAUGAUCUUGAGAAUGAUAUCAUAGACUUCUUAGCUCGAUGUCAGGAUAAAGAUGGUGGAUAUAGUGGUGGACCUGGACAGUUGCCUCACCUAGCUACGACUUAUGCUGCCGUAAAUACACUUGUGACAAUAGGGAGUGAAAGAGCACUGUCAUCAAUCAAUAGGGACAACUUGUACAAGUUUAUGCUUCGGAUGAAAGAUAUAUCAGGUGCUUUCAGAAUGCAUGAUGGUGGUGAAAUUGAUGUCCGUGCUUCCUACACCGCUAUAUCGGUUGCCAGCCUUGUGAAUAUUCUUGAUGUUGAACUGGCAAAAGGUGUUGGCGACUACAUAGCAAGUUGUCAAACUUAUGAAGGUGGUAUUGCUGGGGAGCCUUAUGCUGAAGCACAUGGUGGGUAUACGUUCUGUGGAUUGGCUGCUUUGAUCCUGCUUAAUGAGGCAGAGAAAGUUGACUUGCCUAGCUUGAUCGGUUGGGUGGCUUUUCGUCAAGGGGUGGAAUGCGGAUUUCAAGGACGAAAUAAUAAAUUGGUUGACGGUUGCUACUCCUUUUGGCAGGGAGCUGCCAUUGCUUUAACACAAAAGUUAAUUACGAUUGUUGAUAAGCAAUUGAAGUCCUCGUAUUUCUGCAAAAGGCCAUCAGGAGAGGAUGCCUGCAGCACCAGUUCAUAUGGGUGCACUGCGAAAAAGUUUUCCUCUGCUGUGGAUUAUGCAAAGUUUGGAUUUGAUUUUAUACAACAGAGCAACCAAAUUGGCCCACUCUUCCAUAACAUUGCCCUGCAACAAUACAUCCUACUUUGUUCACAGGUACUAGAGGGAGGCUUGAGGGAUAAGCCUGGAAAGAACAGAGAUCACUAUCAUUCAUGCUACUGCCUCAGUGGUCUCUCAGUUAGCCAGUACAGUGCCAUGACUGAUGCGGAUUCGUGCCCAUUACCUCAGCAUGUGCUUGGACCGUACUCUAAUUUGCUUGAGCCAAUCCAUCCACUCUACAAUGUUGUCCUGGAUAAAUACCAUACAGCCUAUGAGUUCUUUUCAAAAGAGUGA